UGGUGGAGUAGCAAGGCGAAGCAAUUGCCAUUGAGUCUCCUGGCCGACUCCAGUGCGUGUCUCCACAGCAGCAAGGAUCGCUGAGCGAAGAGUGCCCAGGUCUUUGGCCAGGAUGCUGAAUAUCAUAAUCUUCAGUGGCAGCUCCCACCAGGACUUAUCCCAGAAGAUUGUUGACCGCCUGGGCCUGGAACUAGGCAAGGUGGUAACGAAGAAAUUCAGCAAUCAGGAGACCUGCGUGGAGAUAGGCGAAAGUGUCCGUGGAGAGGAGGUUUACAUUGUGCAGAGUGGUUGCGGUCAAGUCAACGACAAUCUGAUGGAGCUUCUGAUCAUGAUCCACGCCUGCAAGAUCGCCUCGGCCAGGCGGGUGACCGCAGUCAUCCCCUGCUUCCCUUACGCGCGGCAGGAUAAGAAGGAUAAGAGCCGGGCUCCCAUCACAGCCAAGCUUGUUGCAAACAUGCUGUCCAUGGCAGGUGCUGAUCACAUCAUCACCAUGGAUCUACAUGCUUCUCAAAUUCAGGGCUUCUUUGAUUUCCCAGUGGACAAUUUGUAUGCCGAGCCAGCUGUCCUGAAGUGGAUCCAGGAGAACAUCUCUGACUGGAGGAACUGCACAAUUGUCUCCCCGGACGCUGGUGGAGCUAAGAGAGUGACCUCCAUUGCAGAUCAGUUGAAUGUCGACUUUGCCUUGAUUCACAAAGAGCGAAAGAAGGCCAACGAGGUGGAUCGCAUGGUGCUUGUGGGAGACGUGAAGGAUCGGGUGGCCAUCCUGGUAGAUGACAUGGCUGACACGUGUGGCACCAUCUGUCACGCAGCCGACAAACUUCUCUCGGCUGGAGCCACCAGAGUUUAUGCCAUCUUAACGCACGGAAUCUUUUCGGGACCAGCCAUUGCUCGCAUCAAUAAUGCGUGCUUUGAAGCGGUGGUCGUCACCAACACCAUACCUCAGGAAGACAAGAUGAAGCAGUGCUCCAAGAUUCAGGUGAUCGACAUCUCCAUGAUCCUUGCAGAAGCUAUCAGGAGAACUCACCAUGGGGAAUCUGUUUCCUACCUGUUCAGCCACGUCCCUUUGUAACAGUACAACUUCUAAGGCUCUUUCAAAAUAAAA